AUGCCACCAGUGAUACAUUGCAUCCGCCAUGGGCAGGGCUUCCACAACGUCGGUACAGGCUGCUACACUCUUCCUGAUCCUCGCCUGACUCCCAUGGGUGAAGAGCACAACAUGGCAUUGAGAGAGGCCGCCUGCCUUCUCCGAUCAGUCAAAGAUAUCUCUUCCCUCAAAGGUAACAGCAAGUGUCAGCCUAGGAUCAUCGCCAUCCCCGACGCUCAAGAAACCUCGGAUGACCCGUGCGAUGUCGGAAGUGAUCCAUCAGUCCUUCGCAAAGUUGUAACCGAGAGCAACUGGCCUGUCGACCUCUCCCUAGUCAAGGACGGAUGGAACGUGAAAGCUUUAGGGACUAGCUACAGCCCAGAAAGCAACGCCAUAGCAGCCCGCGCCCGCGACGCCCGCAUCACCAUCCGGCAAAAGAUCCGACAAUUGAUCGAGCAAGGGCAAGGCGAUACGGAUCCUCAAGUUGCUCUUGUGACACACGGCGGGUUCCUGCACUACUUCGCCGAUGACUGGGAGGACUCAUGGCUGAACCCUGGGACGGGAUGGAGGAACUGCGAGACCCGAUCCUACGUAUUCGAGCAAGACGUGAUGCAUGAUACAGAUGUGGAGGCUAGGAUCACCGAGACGACGGAGAGCCGGUUGAGAAGGGGAAAGAGUAGUCAUAGGCCGGCUAAGGAUGAACAGGCGGUGCUAUUCGAGCAGGCGAUGGAUAGUUGGGAGAAGCAAGGGCUUCAGAGACCCGAUAGAAUAGGAAUUAAUGUCGAAACGAGUGAGAUUGCUUCGGUGGCGCUCAAUGUCCACAUAGUUAAGAAAUGA